AAAAAAAAAAUCCUAUGCGGUCAGAAUAAGGCCACGGCAAGUGUAGGCCUAUCAUGGGCCCAUAAAUACCAGUUUUGAUGUUCUCCUUUCACUACAAUAAACAUCGCCUUCUACAUUCGCCGUGAGAAAACAUAAAUGGCCAGCCGAAAAGCUCUGAUUAACUUCCAUCGGAUAAUCCGCUCCACCGCGGUUGUUGGCCGGAGAACCGUUUUUCCUACCGUCGCAACCCGAACACAUCCUACUUUCCGGAAUGAAAUUGAUUUUGCGCCGAGAUUCUUCUGCGGGAACACCGCGAGUCCCCAGAAUUUUGAUAUCGAUCUCUCUAGCGAAGAGAACAAGAGGAUAACGAUCAACAGAUUGUUGUAUAGGAGCAAUCAACGAGGGUUUCUGGAACUUGAUUUGGUUUUGGGGAAUUGGGUUGAGGAGAAUGUCAAUUCCAUGGACGAAAACGCUGUCAAAUCCCUAAUUCAUGUCCUCGAUUUGGAAAACCCUGAUCUCUGGAAAUGGCUAACUGCUCAAGAACAGCCUCCAGAAGCAGUGAGCUCAAAUCCGGUAUUCAUGGCGUUACACGAGAAAGUCAUGAAGAAUCUGAACAAGCAUGCAGCACCCGAGACUCGUGCAGCGGCUGGAGAGCCAUGGGUUAGAGGCUGGGACGAUUUCAAGAGAGGCCGUGACGCUCCCAUUACAGGGAACCAGUGAUGAAAAAACACACUCAUCCUCCUUACAAAGUAACAAACUACUACAAAUACGUUUUAUUUUAUAUAAAAGUAUCUUAAAUUGAUACAGAAAAGUAGCAAAAGAUUACCUUUUUAGUACUAUUGUUGUAUGAAUAAAAGAGACAGGGCCGAGAAGGCCUGUUGAGAGGUAUAAUGAGUUUUAUGAAGUGAUGAAUGAUGAUGAGAUCAUUAAUUACAGUAAUGUGCCUGUGUUUAUUGAAGUUGGUUGAUAUUUUUAAUGUAGUUGUCAAAGGGAUUGUGUUUGUUGAAAUUGUAUUGUGCGUUUCUGUUUAUGCAGUCUAAACUUAGCUA